AGCCACCGCUGUCCGUGUGGACCCCAGCGACUGGGCGCCUUUAACAGGUGUCAGCUCUGCGGGCUGCUGUCAGUGAGGUGCGCAGGUUAUCCAAACAACAAGGCCAUGUAGCCGAGCCAGCUAAGUUAGAGACUAAUUAGCAUUCUAAGCUCACAUCGUCACAGUGGUUUAUGCGUCGAUAAGAACCCACCAGCUGUUUAAUGUCUCCGUGACAAGCAGCGACACGAGAUUUCAAUUCAACUGGAAGAUACAGGGAACCGCUUGGCGUGUCAUAUGAUGCUUGUUUAUCUUCGAAAAAUGGACAAGUGGUGUUCACAGGGAAGAGGCAAAGUUUGUGAUCCCGCGAGAGAACCAGCUAAGCGAUCCUGAUGCUGCUGAUCUCAGUAAACCUGUAGACAAGAGGAUAUACAAAGGCACGCAGCCGACAUGUCACGACUUCAACCCACUUACAGCGACAGCAGAGAGCGUCUCCCUGUUGGUGGGUUUCUCAGCUGGCCAAGUGCAGCUCAUCGACCCAAUCAAGAAGGAAACCAGCAAACUCUUCAAUGAGGAGAGACUCAUCGACAAGUCGAGGGUAACAUGUGUACGAUGGGUCCCUGGUUCAGAGAGCCUGUUCCUGGUGGCUCACUCCAGUGGCAGCAUGUACUUGUACAAUGUGGAAAACGCCUGUGGCACCACUGCACCUCACUACCAGCUCCUCAAGCAGGGUGACAACUUUGCCGUACACACAUGCAAGAGCAAGUCGGCCCGUAACCCGCUGCUGCGAUGGACGGUGGGCGAGGGGGCGCUGAAUGAGUUUGCCUUCUCUCCAGACGGCAAGUUUCUGGCUUGUGCGAGCCAGGACGGCUUCCUACGAGUGUUCGGCUUUGACGCCGCAGAGCUCCACGGAACAAUGAAGAGCUACUUCGGUGGCUUGCUAUGUGUGUGCUGGAGCCCCGACGGGCGGUAUAUCGUGGCAGGAGGGGAGGACGACCUGGUGACUGUGUGGUCGUUCUUGGACUGCAGGGUGAUCGCACGGGGCCAUGGUCACAAGUCGUGGGUGAGCGUGGUGGCGUUUGACCACUGCACCACUAGUGUUGAGGAUGGGGAGCUGCCUGCUGAGUUCAGUGGAAGUGAUGAGGACUUUCAUGAGCAGAUUCACUUUGGGGCAGGCAGAGAGAGGGCCAACAGCUCUCACUCUAGGCUUUCUAAGAGAAACUCUACUGAAAGUAGGCCUGUCAGCGUGACGUAUAGAUUCGGCUCAGUGGGGCAGGAUACUCAACUGUGUCUAUGGGAUCUUACAGAGGACAUCCUUUUCCCUCACCUCCCUUUGUCUCGCACAAGAACUCACACUAAUGUGAUGAGUGCCACAAGCCCUACAGCCACUGGACAAACAGUCACCACUGUAUCCAUCACCUCCACCACCAAUUCCAGUGGCACCAAUGGUAAAGACAAUGUGAGCGAUAGUAGCGCCGGUGGCAACCCAGCUAAUGCCCUUCCCGACCCCCUGCCCCGCUCUAACAGCCUGCCUCAGGCUACCAACCCAGCCGGAGGCAGCACCCCCAACAGCCACACGGGGAGCAGCUGCAGCAGCAGCAGCAGCAGUAAGGGCAACAGCAUCAUCGACAGCGCCUUCAUCUCCACCAAGUUUGCAACUCUGUCUCUUCACGACUCGCGGAAGGAGCGCAACGAGAAGGACCACAAGCGAAACCACAGCAUGGGUCACAUCAGCAGCAAGAGUAGCGACAAGCUCAACCAACUUAGCUCCUCGCGGACGGUGAAAGCCGAGGCAGCCAAGACUUUAGGCACGACGCUGUGCCCGCGCAUGGAGGAAGUUCCCCUCUUAGAGCCGCUGGUGUGCAAGAAGAUCGCCCACGAGAGACUCACUGUGUUAAUCUUCCUUGAGGACUGUCUGGUCACAGCUUGUCAGGAGGGUUUCAUUUGUACAUGGGCAAGGCCUGGCAAAGUGGGAUUGUUAUCAUCUCAAAACAACCCGGCCAACUCUCCCAGCGGAACAGUAGUAUAGACGCAGCAUCGGUGCUGCUAAUGGCUGAUCCAUGCCACAGAGAUGGGGAUGACCAAGGCCACGCCCAUGCAGUGGCUCUUCACACACGGUCUCACGACAUUUGACCGUCUGUGUAUGUUGACAUAUUCAUCACUACAGUUACCCCAAUGCUGUCCUCAUGUUAAGGAAGCUGACGCUGGUUGGGGUUCAAAGGUUUUUAUUGGAAGUUAAGAGUGUUUGACUGGCUCACUGUUGCAUCUUUGGUUAUAUCAAAUUGUCUUGUCUGAAACUAACAAACUCUGAUACCCAAUCUCUUGUGCCUAUAGAUGUUUAAAGACUAGACACAGUGAAGAGACGAUGCCUCAACCCAACCAUUUAGUUUGGGUCUAGUUCAGUACCUUGUUUGUUUGAUGUAUUCCAAGGUAGCAGGGAAUAAGAUCACUUCGAAGAGGCAGCAGCGUAUCCCUGAAAGUAGUUCUCGUUCUUCCCUUAGACAUAUUAAAAUAUGAGGUAUCACACUGAGUGAAUUUUGCACAUAUUGCCCUUCCUUUCCUACCCGUUCAACAAUUUCCCUGUUUUGAAUUUGUGACGGCAGAACGCAGGCAUCACUUUUUCCCACAUCUCUUUUUGAAGCACUUGGAGGAAAAAUAAAACGGCUUACUGUUGUUAUCCGUCUCAAAGUUAGAUGCUGCAAUCAGUUUUUUAUAUGGAAAACAAAUUCUUUGCACUUAAUAGUUUUAUUAGAGGAGAAUGGCUUUACAUUUUUGGAUUGUGUCAGGAUUCUGAAAAGGUUAAGAAAAAAAACUUUGUAUCUAUUGAACAUUUAUUUUAUUGUUUCAGAUUAAACUGGCUCUGUAUUAUAUGUAAAUAUUGUACUGCAAUGAUUUAUGGGUGAAAUUAACAUUAAUACUCUAGUUCAAAGAUUUCUCAUUUCAUAAAAAUAGCGAUAUUUCUUAUACAGAAAGUCUAACAUUAAAAGCAGUCUUGAAUAUGCAGGUGAACAUGUUUUUUCCUGUUGUACAUAAAGAGAAUUCAGGUGUAUUUUUAUUAAGGCAGUGUUUGGUAUUAGGAAACGUUUUUGAAAUCCUCUCGUCUAACAGGUCGUGCUGUAUGCUUGCUAGCCUGUCGCUGCAGGUUUUCUUUUACAACACAGACAGGUAGGAGCAGAUGCGGCCAUCACUCUGAGCUCAGGUAAACUACAGGAAGACUAUUGCUGAUACAAUCCCCCCUCAUUCAAAAGCCUUCGUCCCACCCUGGGAACAUGCUUGUGAAUUCACUUCAACAAGACUGACAAAUGAGUUCUGCACACCGAGCUGAGGGCUGAGACUCUUGUAACAGUGAGUUUUUUUUGUUUGUUUUUUUCCUGAACUGAUGCCGAACUCGUGAAUAAACUUUUGACACUGUGAUGAAUUUCUGCUGACAAAACAUCAACAUUUGAAGGUGGUGUAGAUGCGGGUGAGGGGGGAUUUGUCACGCACCCACAUAGGACUGAGGAUUUUAACAGUGGGAGCCUUUUCCUUUAUGUGACGCCUAUUAAAACAACUUUGACAGAA